AUGAACAAUUAUCAAAUCUAUGAUGAAAUUGGUAAAGGACGAUUUAGUAGUGUAUACAAAGGACGGAGGAAAAAAACUAUUGAAUACUAUGCCAUUUCAUCCAUUGACAAAUCUCAGCGACAACGAGUAUUGAGAAAUGUAAGAUUUCUUCGAUCAGCACAUCAUCAUCGCAUUAUUAAGUUUCACAAUUGGUAUGAGACAAAUAAUCAUCUUUGGGUGAUAACAGAACUCUGUACAGGCGGUGAUCUUCGUCAAGUCCUAACACUUGAUACCUGUCUCUCAGAAGCAGCUGUACGUAUGUAUGGUGGUGAUAUCGCCGAAGGUUUAAUGUACAUUCACUCUAAAGGUGCAGUAUAUGGUGAUUUAAAACCAUCCAAUAUUUUAAUGGAUUCUACCAUGACGAUGCGUUUUUAUGAUUUUGGUUUAUCAUGUGAUUUUAGUGCUGUUCGUAGUGAAGGAUCUGUAGGUACACCUUUAUAUAUGGCACCAGAACUUUUUACGAGAGAUGGUGUUCCUUCUAUAGCCUCUGAUCUCUGGGCUUUAGGUUGUCUUUUAUGUGAGAUGAUUACAGGUAAACCACCCUUUGAAGGAAAAGAUCUUCCAUCUCUUAUCACUAAUAUCAUGACAGAACCCUUUCGUCGUCAAGAGGGAUUAUCCAAUGCGGUGAAUGAUUUAUUAGAAAUACUUUUAGUGAAAAAUCCAUUAGAGCGUGCUACUUGGGGUGAUGUGGUGUCGAGUGAUUUAUGGCAGGGAAGACUGCAAUUGCCCACCGCAUCAUUUCCACCACAACCCGCCUUUGAACGGAUGAAACGUCUCGUCGCUGCGAGUAUGACUUGGCCUCUCUCCAGUAAAGAAGUGAAAAAACAUGUAGAAUGGGUAUUGGAAAGUGCUAAACGUAAUUUUAUUGUGGCUCAAUCCGCUAGUGAGGCGGUAGAGCAGAAAUAUCCCGGUGUUGCGGAAGAAAUAGAUUUGAGAGAUCACGCCGCAUUGGGUGAAUCUGCAGGAGAUGGAAAUAAUAAUAAUGAUACCGUCACUCAUGGACAAGGUGGUAGAAGAGAUUCUGGAGGUAAUAAUGUGGUGGCUACACAAUCACAGUUUGUUCGAAAUAGAGAUCGAAUGCCAAACGAUGGGGGUAUUGUAGGAAAUCAUAAUAAUAAUAAUAAUAACAAAGCCAAUGGUAAUACUUUACAAGAUGCAGGAGUACCAUUUUGUACACUUGAUAAUAUGCGUUUAGAUGAACUCCUGACUCAUACAUCUGAUGCUCAUAUUAGACCUCUUGUUAUGAAUGUUCGUAUAGAACGUUUUGUAGAACAAAAAUAUGAUCCUACAUCACUUGGAUUUGAUCCACCUACAAAGAGUGAAUUAAGAGGAUUUACUGAACAACAACAAGCACAAUUUAUAACUAUGAUAUAUCGAGCACUUUCUUCUUCUAGUAUAGGGUAUGAAGAAAAAUUAAAUAUUCUCUGUUAUUUUGAAACUGUUUGUACAGAUGCUGCUAUUGCUAAUUUUGUGGUAAACAGUUCCGUGAUGACAUUAUGCCUUAGUAUGGCAUCUCACCAUAAGGCACCUUCUAGUUAUAGAGCUACUGCUAUUUCUAUUAUGAGUAUACUUGUACGGCAUGCAACUUUUAUCCAUACAGAUCUCGCUAAAGCGAAUAUCCUUUCUUCUUUAUUAAAAGUUUAUAUAGAAGAAGAAAGUCCACGGGUAAAACGUAAAUUAGCCGCAUGUAUAGGAGAAUUAUUAAUUUACAUUGCUGUACAGCGAGAACGUGAUCGAGCUGUGUGGAACAUUGAUGUUUCUACUACUUUUACUGUUUAUAUGAAUAUUUUAACAGAUGCGGAUGAUGUACUAAAACAUUAUGCUGUAAAGGCAAUUGAAAAUCUUGCUUCCGUAAGUGAUUGUGGUGUAGCUAUUGAAAUUUUUGCAAGACCAGAAACAAUAACAGCACUAUUAGCUAUUUACGCAUUACCACCAGCUUCUACUCGUAGUGAUCAUAUGCGUUCAAGUGCAUUAUGUGGGGCAUUAAAAUUAUCCAUGGUAAAAGAAGAUCUUAUGCCAGUUGUACUUGAAUCACCACAUUUAAAAAUAUUAUCAUAUGGUGAUGUUCUUACUGGAGCUGUAAUGCCAAAGGCGUCUCAAUCAUUAUUAACAUUUAUUAAUAUGGCCCUUGUAAAAAGUCUUGUUGGGGUUAAAAAUCCAAUUGCUAUUCAAUGGGGAAAAGAAUCAGGUCCUUUUGCUUCAACACGUCUCUCAAGUGAAACUUCUCAACGAAUAAUUACAACCAUUAGUAAAGUUGCAGAAUCUAUGGUACGUGGAUUAUGUGAAGGAAUUGAACAUGCAAAUGUAGCUAUAAAAGGUAAAGCCUUAAUUUUGUUCAUUCUUCUUGGAUGCAUUGAUGGAAAUUUAUUAGUGAGAAUAUGUUCCAGUAGAAGUGUUGCAUAUAUUGAUAGUAUUGUACGAGAUAAAGAUUCAUAUGUACAACGAUGUGCCGCAUGUUUGGCAUGUUUUUUCUCUUCAUUUUUUGAUACUCAAUUGAUGGAAAUACCAAAUAUGAUGACAGAGACCACAACAUCUGUAGGAGUAGCGACAACACUCGCUACUGUGAAUGUAGUGUAUAAUAUUAUGAGUGCCCGUAAUUUUGGUUCAAUGGUGGAAUUAAGUAAUAAGGUUUUUGUUAGUCUUGGGGCAUGUCUUGAAAAGUCCUUAUCUUCUUCACGCUACGCAGAGUUUGAAAUGGAAUUUAAUAAACUUGUAGAGUUAUUAGCUCAGAAUAGUGAACGAAUUCGAAAACAUCGUCGUGCGGUGGCAGGUGAACUUUUUCCACCUUAUUUACAUAUGCUUAGCGAUUCUAAUAGUGAACGACGUUUUUCAGCUUUGCGUAUUUUAAGUGCAUUUGUUGUACCACUUAUGGAUGUUUCAAAUCAAACCCCUGAAGAAAAAACUCUUGAAGGUGAGAAAUUAGAUCACGUUAUGCAAACAAUAGCUACAUCUCUUUCUGUAUUAUUAAAAGAAAAUGAACCAAUUCCUAUUCAUGCUAUUCGUCUUCUUGCUAGUUGUGCUGAACAACGUCCAAAAUCAUUUGAAGAAAUUGCAAACGUAAAAUUAAUAGGAGAAUUGGUACGUUAUAUGAUACGAUCAAAACAAAGUGAUCUCUCUGUACCUCUUCAAUUACUAUUACUUGCAUUACAAACAGAACGGGCAUCUGAUAUUAUGGAUUUUCUUAUAACUCAAGACUUUAUCAAUGCUGUUCUUUUAAAGACAUUAACUAUGGCAGUCUCAAAGGAAUUGGAUCAUCUUUUAGAAUCAUGUUGUGAACUUUCCGCCUUUUUCCUCAAACAUGCCUUAAGUGGAACCAAUACUCGUCUAUCGCAGGGGUGUCUUGUACUACUUCCACCGCAGCAUGGCCUUAUUACUCUCUGGUUACCACUGUGUUUAUCGCCGGUGCGUGCCGCAGCUGAAAAUGCCGCUAUUUGUGUAUACUACUUUGUUAAAGCUUCAACAGAAGCACAACAGGAUAUGUUGUCCUCAGAUGGUAUUCAACAAGUGGUAGAUAUUCUUUCGAACACAAAUAGUAACCAAACGGCAGUCUUUUACGUUCUUCGUGCCUUGCGGUAUACCUGUGAACGAAGUCGUAAACGUAAUUUGCAACGACUUUCGCCAUCGCUGUUCACCUCACUGGAAACUAUUACACGUGUAAGCGGCGACAACAAGGAGUUGUGCGCAGAAGCAACAGCUAUAAUGGAGCUUAUUCGUGGGUAA